AUGGCAGUACCUUCGGACGGAUCGUAUGGCAUUCCCAAAGGACUGGUGUUCUCGUUUCCAGUCACAGUUGAUGGUGCUACAAAAGAGUGGAAAAUCGUCCAAGGGCUCUCGCUCGAUGAGUUUGCGCAGAGCAAGAUUGCUAUCACUCUUAAGGAACUCGAAGAAGAGCGCGAUGUUGCGCUGAGGGCUUGUGAGGCUGCCAGCUGA